CCGCAAAACUUAGCUACAUUCUUGUAGUAUUUGUGAAUUUUAGCUUGCUCUUUGAGACAUUUGAAAUGGGUUUCCGUUUCCCUGCAAUUAGAAGGGCUUCAUUUACUGGUAGCCAAUCAUCUUCAAAAGCUGUAAACAUGGCAAAGGGGUAUUUUGCAGUGUAUGUAGGAGAGAGAAUGAAACGGUUUGUGAUCCCCAUGUCAUACUUGAACCAACCUUCAUUUCAAGACUUGCUGAGUCAAGCAGAGGAAGAAUUUGGAUACAAUAAUCCGAUGGGUGGUCUUACAAUUCCUUGCACAGAAGAUGUUUUUUUGCAUAAACAGAAAACAAUGGGUUUUCGCUUACCAGGUAUAAGACGAUCAUCAUUUAGUGGAAGCCAAACAUUCUCUUGCAAGGAUGCAGAAGUCCCAAAAGGGUAUCUUGCUGUGUAUGUUGGAGAGAAAAUGAAGAGGUUCUUGAUACCAGUGUUGUUCUUGAACGAGCCUUUAUUUCAAGAAUUGCUCAGACAAGCUGAAGAGAAGUUUGGUUUUUGCCAUCCCAUGGGUGGUCUCACCAUUCCCUGCGAAGAGGCUGUGUUCUUAAGCAUAGCCUCUCGUUUGAACCAGCAAUAAUACAUGCAACAAAAUAUCCUUAUCCCGAAAUAGACUAAUUGAUACAACCUUUUGCAUUAAGGUUUUUGUUUUUUCAGUUAGUUGUUUCCUCUGUAUGAAACUUAUGAAACUAUGUCU